UGACGGCACACUUCAUGUUCAUCGGAGCUAUGGCCUGUCUGGCUUGGGCGAAUGUCCGCGCCCAGACAAACCGGCCAAACAUGGUGUUCUUCCUCACCGACGACCUGGACUUGGAGCUGGGCAGCAUGAUGAAACCUCUUGUGAGGACGCGCCAGCUCAUUGGAGAUGGUGGAGUGACUUUCGCAAACGCGUACGUGACGACGCCCCUGUGCUGCCCAAGCCGCUCUAGCAUCCUGACGGGUCGGUACGUGCACAACGUUGGAGUCUUCAACAACUCGCUGUCCGGAGGAUGCAGCUCGCAGCACUGGCAGCGCGGACCCGAGCGGUGCUCGUUCGCUGUGGACUUACAGAAGGCUGGAUACGAGACCUUCUAUGCGGGGAAAUAUCUCAACCGGUACGGUCACAAGAAGGCAGGUGGUGUGCAACAUGUGCCGCCUGGAUGGACCAACUGGAAUGGACUGGUGGGGAACUCCGUGUACUACAACUACACGCUGUCCAUUAACGGCAGUGCCGAGAAGCAUGGUGACAACCCGAACAAGGACUAUCUUACCGAUGUAUUGAGAGCCAAGGCCUUGUCAUUUCUGGAGGGCCGAGCAGACAGGCGGCGUCCGUUCUUCAUGAUGUUGAGCACGCCUUCGCCGCAUGCACCGUUCACACCCGCGAUCCGCCACAGGAACGCAUUCCCCAACGUGACGGCACCCAGGACGCCAUCCUUCAACACCAGCGUCAACGGGACAAAGCACUGGCUAGUGCGACAGGCCAUCCACCCUAUACCAGAAGAUGUGGUUUCCUGGAUUGACGAAGCCUACAGAAAUAG